UGAGACAUUCUAUCAGAUCAUCUUCUCCUGCCUUGCUUGAAGCUGAUGAGGAGAAGAUCACCCGCAGAUCCCAUCCCCCUGUCCGUACAUGUUUAACAGUGUGACAUGGGAGGGGCCUCCCCCGUACAAUAUACACAGGAGGGGCGGAUUGGACGGAGCGGGUGAAGCCGCCAUCUUGCUGUAGUCCGGACACUAGAGGUCUCGGUGUGGUGGGGCGGUUUCCAUGGUGACGGACCGAGCGUCCUGAGGAGACAUGAGCCGCACGGAGGGGAGCCGACACCGGGAGGAGGCCAUGAGUGCCGCCCAAUACUACCGGAGACUGAACAUACCGGAGAGGGUGGAGGAGGCCCUGAACACCGGAUACCGGCUCAACCCGCCCGACCUACCCGGGUACCUGUCUAACUACUUUGCCGAUCUGUCGAAUCCUCCGGUGAUCAGCAAUAUCCAUGGAAGGAGAAUUCUGGGUGGAGCAGGAAAUGCGGCCCUGGAGGUUGAAGUGUUUUGCACAGUGAGGAACAAUGACAAGAAAAUUUGCUCAGCAGUGAUCCCUGCAGACUCUGCGCCUCCUCUGACCUGUUACACAGCGGAAGUCGAGGAGAAGGAGAAGACGAUGUCGGUGGAAACAGCCAUUGAAUGGAUCCGGGAGUCUAUAGGACCGAUGUUGGGAGGGAUACAGCCAAACGAUCAGAGUAACAUCGAUCAAUUAUUGAGUGACUUUUACCAGCCAAAGAUGGAGGAAUCAAGACGGCAAAGAGAAAGUGAGCUCCAAUCGGCAGCCUCCUCUACAAAAUCUGUCCCAUCCCCCCCAGCCUCACCUGCAGCCACCAAGAAGAAGGGCAGUGGGAAAGGUAAAAAGGCAGCUGCAGCAGAGAAGCCGAUUCCUCCUGCUGAGCCUCCUGAGCCGAUCGUCAGGGGCAGCCUGGCAGUCAGCGCGGUGUCUUUGGCGGUGGCUACAAGCAGUUCGAUCCUCAGAGAAGUCCCACUCUACUCCUAUAUAUCUACAUUAAGACAUGAAGAGCCGCCCAGCAAGAUGGCGAUACCAACCCCUCUGAUUACAUUGCUGAGCUACGGCAAGUGUUCUCCAGGAAAGCUGAACCUUAUGAAGGAGGUCAUGAUGGUCCCUCGACCGGGGCUGACGGCUCAGCAGGCCGUGGACCUGGCCUUGUCUCUACAGGCACAGAUAAUAAAGCAAAUAGACGCUGUAGCUAAGAAUGCGUCGGUUUCUAAGAACGUGUCUGCACAGGGCUGUCUGGUAUUGGCAGGUGACCGCAUAGAUCAACCUCUGGAUUUAUUGCGGGAAGCCUGCGAACAGCUUGGCCUAGAACUGGGAACAGACAUCUACUUAGCCAUAAAUUGCGCAGCCCACGAAUUAAUGGACUACAACAAAGGCAAAUAUGAAAUCAUAAAUGGCACAUGGAAGAGCCCCGAGGAUAUGGUGGAUGUAUACGCGGAUAUCAUUAGUCGGCACCCGGAUGUCAUGGCAUUGGUGGACCCUCUGAGGAUGGAGGAUGUUGCACAGUGGGAGAUUCUGGGGAAAACUGUCGGCUCCAGAUGUUAUUUAAUCGCAGAUGUUGCAUCAAGAACCAAGCCCAGCCUGCCAUGUGGUGACCCCAUCCGAACUUCCGGAGCCGUCCUCAAAUACACCAACCACACAACAAUUACUGACCUACUGAUGAAAGUCCGGCUGAUGGAAGAAGAGAAACGGGUGAUUGUUCUAGGGUGUCCACAUGAAGAGUGUUCGGGGAGCAGCGUGGCAGAUCUGAGCGUGGCGAUUGGUGCACAGUUCAUCAAGUUGGGAGGUCUUCUCCGAGGAGAGAGGACAGCCAAGUAUAACCGUCUACUGGCCAUAGAGGAGGAGCUGGCGCAGCGUGGGAUGCUGGACUCUUUCUCUGCAUUUGACUUCCCUGUGAUCUGGAGCGAAUCUCAGAAUUCAGAGGAAACCGGACUAUCAAUAUGACCCCCCCCCCCAUCACUGAUGUACAGCGCCAUGGAGCAUGUCGGGAUCACACUGUAUAAACAAUGAAAAUAGAACAUUGAAUUCUGUCUCAAUGCCAACCACACAUGAAGACGCAGCACAAAACCUUCCCGCCUCUCACUGCACCAAUCAAAGGUACUGAAAGGA